AUGGACUACUCCGCGCAUGACCCCGACCACCCAGCAGGAGGCGAUCCAUGGGCAUCGUCCCCGCAACACAACAGGACGAGCUUUGGCCAGCCUCCCACCAACGACAUCCCCUCGUCUCCGCUCCCGCCACAAGCAUCUCCCUACGGACAGGACUCGGAGAACUAUGGCUACAUGGGCGACCAGAACUCGCACGGCAGACCGAACACGGCUUCUGAAAACGGCGAUCCAGCGCGACCCCAAUCGCAAGACCCAAGGCAAGACGGCCAGGCAGCGCAACAACAACACCAAGUUGCGGCACAGGGGCAGCAAGGGCACCAUCAGCCCCAGCGCUACCAUGGAACCCGCCCGCAGAAGCCCCAGACCCAGUACAAGCUUCAAGCCAAAGUGACUGGCCUCGAGCGCACGGGCAAGAAGGACCCCAUCCUCCGAUUUGAUGUUUAUACCAACCUCCCCAAAUUUCGUACGACCCAGUUCCGUGACGUCCGACGGCUGCACUCUGAAUUCGUUAAGCUAGGCGAGCAUCUGAUCUCGGCAUGUCCGGAAGCCAUGGUACCCGCAGUACCGCCUGCCACCACAGCCGCUGGCGCAGGAACCGACGAGGAUGAGGCGCGCGUCAAGGCAUCUCUACAGCGAUGGUUGAAUGUGGUAUGCAGCAAUGAGGUGUUGAUACGAGACGAGGAGAUGGUCUUCUUCGUGGAGAGCGACUUCGGAUACAGCCCGGUCGUGCGAAGAAAGCAACCUGCAACUGGCGUGCGCCGGAAGGUCAUCAAGCAGUUCGCACCCCCGCCAGAUGACACCCCUGAGCUCGCUGCUGCACGUCCAAUUGUCAAGGCUUUCUACCUGGGAACCAUGGACACGGAGCAAAAGCUCGAGAAGGCUGUCAAGUCCCGGAGAAAUCUGGGUGCUGCCGAGUCUGAACUCGGACAAAAGCUCGCAGCAAUGCACGUUCAGGAAACCCAUGUCGGACUUGGUUUAGCAUACAGAAAGCUAGGAAAGGUCGUUCAGGCAACGGGCGAUUUUCACGCUGCACAAGGCACAGCCGAGGCGACAACCCUGGGCGACCCUCUCCAAUACCACAGCAGUGAUGCUUUCAUUGUCAAGGAGACUCUCACCAACCGACACAUCCUCCUCCGCGAGUUGCUGCAGGCGCAAGCUUCAACCAAGUCCAAGAUGUCAGCAGCAGACCGUUUGAAGGCCAGCUCAAGCGUGAAGAGGGACAAGGUUGAUGAGGCCAUCACAGCAUUGGAAGAAGCCCGCAGUCACGAGCAAUACCUUCUUCAAAAGUCUCAACGUGUGACAGCAAAUCUGCUCCAAGAGCAAAGGAAAUGGUUCGACCGAACUGCAGCCGAUGUGCGAUACGCGAUACGGGAAUACGUCGUGCGCCAGAUUGAGGCGGAACGUCGUACGCUCGCCACACUCGAGUCCGUGAGGCCCGAUAUCCGAGCGAUAGACAGUAGUGGUGGGCUUUCACGUUUGGGCCGUGAGGCUCAUCCGGCACAGCGCCGUGUCUCUAUGGCGAGUUCGCAAGGUCCCAAGGGCGACGCUUGGUCCGGCGUACCAAGGCGGCCAGGCGAUGGACUCAACCGAAGCCUGAGCGGUAGCUUCCCCGCGAUCCCUGGAGUGCAAGAGGAGGAUGAGGCAGGCGAUGAGGAAGGCACUACUGGAAGGAAGCGCGCGACCAGCAAGGCCGGUGCCGACGAUGAUGACGAUCGCAUCGAUGCAAAGAAUGCGGCUAGCAGAUUGGCCACGACCACAUUUUAA